AUGAGUAUAAGUAAUAAGAGUAGUAGUUUUUAUAAAACUGAUAUUGAAAAACUUACAAAAAUAAAAGGAAAUAAUAAAUGUGCUGACUGUGGAGCAAAAUGUCCAAGAUGGGCUAGUAUAAAUUUAGGAAUAAUUAUAUGUAUUGAAUGUUCAGGAAUACAUAGAAAUUUAGGAGUACAUAUAUCAAAGGUUAAAUCCUUGACACUAGAUAAAAUUAUGCCUCAGUGGAUAAAUUGUAUCAAAAAUAUUGGAAACGAUCUGUCAAAUGCAUACUACUUAUAUAACCUACCAAAAGAUGCAUACAUUCCAAAACAAGGAGACUCAUCAAUUAUAAUGCAGAAUUGGAUAAAAAAUAAAUACGAAAAAAAGUUAUACGUUCCAGAAAAUAAAAGAGAACCUUACCAAUAUUAUGUGGAAGGUAUUGAUCCAAAAAACUGUCUACCAGAGACAACCAGUGCUAAUGAAUUCACCGGCAAUGUAACCAAUUCUCAUACUAACUCCAAAAGCAAAAACGAAAUUGAUAACCUUAUGGAUAGUAUUAGAAAAAUCGACAUUUUUGGUUCCCUAAAUAUUUUGGACGAAAAUAAAGUAGACGACACUUCUUUUAAUAAUAAAAAGAUUAAUAACGAGAAGGAUUAUUUUUCAGGUUUUAAAAACAAAUCAAGUAAGACUUAUAUGGAUGAUGAUUUUUAUUCAUUUGACAAAAUAAUAUCUAAUGAUAAAUAUAAUGAUAAAUAUAAUAAUAAACAAAAAGAAAGUAUAAAAGAAUCAUAUUUUUUUAACGACGAUGAAAACAAUGAUACAUCGUCAAAUUUUAAUAAUAGCCAAAAAAGUAAUACAAAUAUUAAUAAUAUAGAUAAAAAUUUGGAUGAUAUAAUAAAUUCCAAGAGUAAAGAUUUUAAUAUUAAUGAUGAUAUAUUUUAUAAGAAUAUCAAAAUGGAAAAUAAAAAUAAUGUAAGUGGAAGGAGUAAUAUAAAUGAUACAUUACAACAAUGUAAUAAUAACAAAUAUAAUCUUAAUAGUAAUAAUAAUAAUAAUAAGAAGAAUAAUAAUAAUAAUAAUAAUAAUAAUAAUAAUAAUGGUAGUAGUAGUAGUAGUAAUAAUGCAUCUCAUUCUAAUAAAUUAAAAGAAGACAAAAUAUUCAAUAAUUAUAAUUCUCUAACUGAUAAAGAAUUAAGAGAAGCAAAAGUUCAAGCAGCAAAGAAAAGUAUUGCCCAACUUUUUUCAAAUGCUAAAAAUAUUUCUUUCUCUGAUAAUUCUAUAACAAAUAUAAAUACAAAUAUACAUGAAUAUACAUAUAAUAAUAAAAUUAAAGGAGAUCAUAAUUUUUUUAAUAAGGAACACAAAUCAUUUAAUUCUUUACAUAACAUAAAUCUUCAUAUUAAUCAUCAUGUCAGUUCAAACAACAAUAUCUUAAAUGAAAACCAAAAGAAAAAUAGCAAUAUAAGAAAUGGCAGUGAAGUGAAAAAAAAAAAUGACUUUGAUUUUUUUGGAUAA